AAUUGAAUAGUUUGAUCAAGACUCACCUAAUAUGAUGAGGUUCAGUCUAACAGACUUACAAGUUAGCUUGAUUUACAGGUUUUCAUCACCAGGAUAUGUUUAUGUUUUAUAAUAAUUAUGUUUCAAUUUUUUCGUUGUUUUUUCAGAUUAUCAAGUAACUAUAUUAUGACGUUUAUUGGUAUUGAUGAUGUUAAAUUACCAGUGACCAUCGAUUGUGUACCAUUCUCAUGUUGAACUAAACGCCGAUGAUAAAGCGAUGAUGUUACCAUUUAGCCUUAGCCCUUAUGCUCUAUGCAUUUGUAGACUGGUCGAUUAGAGUUAAUUGUGAUCAAUAUUAUCUUGUAAUUAACUUGAUAUACUCUUUUAUUGGAUUGUGAUGACGUUGAUCAGGUUUGAUCUCUUCUUCUUGCUAAUCAUGAUGAUGAUCAUCCUGGAAUUGACCUUUUUGCUGUUUAAAUCUACCAUUUUUCCCUCCGUUUUCCCUCUUUUCCCUCAUUCCUUAUACCUUGAGGUUUGAUAGUUAAUCCAUCUAACUUAAUUUGAUUGUAAACGUGAAUCCAAAUUAAUCUAAUUUCGGGUAAAAAACCAGGCAGAAAAAAAGAGAAAAAACAUAAUCAUAACCAUCAAUUCUCUUUCAUUAAUUUAGCUUUCCUGAAGAUAUUAAUCCGAUGAUGAUGACAAGAUGAAUUUUCAAUUGAUCUUAAACUGUUUGGUUUAUUUCAUCUUUUUUUUGGCGUAUGUGUUUAACAAUUACAUGUCAAUUAAUCAACUAAUGACCAGUUAAGAGUCGACAAAUCAUCUGUCCAACAUAUCAAUGAUAAUGAUGACAUUGUAAUCAAAUACGUAAACUGUUGUGGCAACAUUAUUAUUAGAAACAUGAUGAGUUGAUGACUUGAUUCCUCUCACACAAUCAAAGGUUGUUAAACCUUCUUGUCGCCUUUAUUUGUUCAUACCAAUGGUUCCAAAUGAUUAAGUCAACCUUGAUUUGAAGUAACAUUGCAAAUUAUCUUAAUAGUGAUAAUUAAAUUGGUAAAAAGACAAAUGUUUUGAUGUAAAAGAAACGAUCACCUGUCAAUGGUCAUUACACCCUUGACUUGCAUUUAAAUGUGUUUAUUCAUUUAUUGACUUGACAAAAAUGAAUUGUAGCAAUUAAUGUUAAUUGUGUAAAAAUAUUAUUCUGAUAAUAUUAAUUAUCUCUGAAAUUGUUAGCGACAUUUUAUCUUUAAUAUCAUAUUCAACUCUUUUAUCUCAAUUUAUCUUAACCAACCCUUUUGUUUGAUUCUCCCUCCUCUUCGGGUUUCAUUUUUUUACUUUCCUUUGUUUCCAGUUUUUCUCACGUUGCCGUUAGUCUUAUUUGGGGUAAUAUCAAGUUGACUCUUCUUCUGUUUUUGAUUAGUUCUCUGUUAAUUUGUUCAAUUAUUGCGUUGAUUAAUCUGUUUGUAUUUUAAAUUUUACUUGAUAAUGGACUUAAUGUAUUACUUGGUUACUAUUUCAACUUGGCCACGAUUGCAAAGGAAUGUUAAUCGGUUGUUUAAUUUUACCAUAAUUGAAAGAUGAUGCAAAGAAGGAAAGUCUUACUGGUGGUUAUAUCUUUUGGUUGAAAGCUUUAAAGUGAAUUUUCUUUCUCUUCACAAAUCAUUGGUUUCUUCACUUCUUUUGGUUUUUUUACAUUCUUCAUUUUCUUGGAUUUACAUCAAAAGUAACAGCCUCUGAAGUAUUAACCAGGACAUCUAUCACCUUAAAAUGGUUAAUGGGGUUACCAGUGAUUUGUAACCUGCUAAAGGAAUUGACUUGACUGUUAAUUUUGACAUUAUCCAAGCUGUUUUCUGAAGGUUUUUUUUUCCUCUUCUUAUUUAUCUACAUAUAUCCAUAUAAAUUUCAUCAUUUUGAUUACCUUUGAGCACUACUUUGGGUGAUUUAAGCCGUCGGAUCAUCGUGAUAUUGAUGAUCUAACGUAAUACUUUAGCCAUAUGUUUGGCUGAUCAUGAUGCCUCUUUGGAAAUUUAAAAGAUUUAAAGAUUCUCGCUUCUCUGGUUCAGAGUUAACAUGGCACACCCAAGCAUUCAAAGUUGAACCAUCAAAUCUCCUCGUGACUUGAAAUUGACCACCACCAAGGAAAGUAAUAAGGAGUUGUAUAAAUUUUCGAAGAAAUGUAUAAUCUAAAGAAGAAACUGGCAACACCACGGAAAGACGAAUCAAGCAACACCAAUCAACUUGAUUUAUGUCCUAAUAUAUUCAACGACCAUUUCAUCUCAUAACUAAAAUUAUUCACGCUUCAUCCUGCCAAAGAGAAAGUAAAAAGACAGCGAAAGAAAUAUGAGAUCAAAUACUGAUGAUCGUCGUCAAAUAGUUUUACGAUUCAAUUGAUUCAAGGUCAAAAUGCCAAUUACCAGGUUGCUACCAAGCUGAUUCAUCUUGAGAUUUUCAACAUUGUACACAACCAAUCCAGUUGAAAGGGUGACUUAUUAAAGGAACAUAGAUCUGAAUUUGUGUCUUACUGAUUUUAUUCAGUUCAUUAUUUUGCCCACCGAAUUUCAAUCCUUGAUCCCGGAAGUACGAUAAUCAUAAUCAUAUAAUCAGGGAUAACAACACCAAUAGCAUUACACUUGAGAUUAUAAGUAUAUGAUGCUCAUCAAUUUGCUCCUGGUAAAUCUGAUCUUUCAACAGGCCUGAUUGUUGAACAUUACAUAACCAGUUGAUAUUACUUAUCGCUCUUGUUUUUUAUGAGUCUAACGUUCCUGGAUAUAAAACUCAAUCGUUUUCAUCUCAAGCUUAUUUGCAAAUUUAAGGCAAAUCCUAUCAAACACUGAACUUUAUGUGCAUACCUGCGUUAAGAUUAUCCAACUCGGUAGCAAUUUGAAUCAAGUUUUGGGUGGUUCAUCAUCAAAACCAACAUGCAUUAGCAUUUGAAAAGCUGUGCACACUUACAAAAUUACAUAGACAAAUCCAUGACCAGUUUCUGCUGUAAAUGUAAAUGACUCCAAUUGGCUUCAUUUUGAUAGUUUUCGUUUCCUUGACCUCAAUCAAUCAACGACCAGUGAAAAGGAUUCAAGAGUUGUAAUUUUUCUGGUGUUACCGGUGUUUACUGCGGAUGUUUUAACCUGUGAAUUUAAUCCACUGACCUUGGCCUUACAUUAAUUACAAUUGGAAUGAACAGCUGAAACGAUUUAAUGACACCAGCUUUCCAUUAAUUAUAUCAUUACCUUUUAAUUUGGGUCACAACGGAUUUUGUCCCAACCGUGUCAAGUCAAUAUCGUCUUGAAUCAAUCAUCAUCAACAUUAAAAUCGUCAUCGUCCUCAUUCAAGUCAACCUGAAGAUUGUUUUUUACAUCAACAUGUAUCAACAUGUAGAUUAAAUUUACCUGGGAUAAUGGCUCACUCAUCAUUUUCAGCAUUCUCAUCAACAACAACACAAACUGCAUCAUUACCAUCUCCUCAUCUGGAGUCAAUGUUAACCACAAUCAAACCUGUUACCAUUCACUUUAUUCCCCUUAAUUGUUUUAAGAUUUUUCUCUAUCUUCGAGCUCAUCUAUGGCUUAGAUAAAAGUUGUGCCUUUGUCAAACAAUCCGGAUACAAGUUAUCGUGAAAAAAUAAAUUUACUACACUGCCUGUUACACUUAUUACUACCUCAAUUCACUGGACUUUUAUCAUUGGAAUAUUGUUGACUUACAUUGCCUAUUACAUCAUUUCUUAUUUAUUUGUUUUGUUGUGUUGAAAGCAACGGAAUCCGGGAAAUUACUGCUAAUUGAGAUUAAAUAUGCGUCAAAUUGAAGAAGAAGAUGAUACUCCAGCCACAUGUCCUGAAGAAUCCCAUUUAACUACAUUGAAUGUUAGUUGCCGCGGGGUAGCUGGUCGGGGAGAUGGUAUCAGUGGUAUCCCUGGGGAGAACGGAAUACCUGGUGGUAUUGGAAAUUUAGAAUGUAGUAAUCAUAACAUAAUUCUGAAAGGGAAACCAAAUCAAAAUACAACUUCAUCGACAACAAUCAACACAAGUGGAACCGUUUCAAAUGUUACUACUACUUCAACCAACAUGAGAAAAACUAAACGAUCGCCCAAUGAGAGGCGCUUUAAGUGUGAUCAAUGUGACAGAAUGUUUUUCACUCGUAAAGACGUAAAACGACACUUGGUUGUCCAUACUGGAGUUCGCAAUUAUGCUUGUCCUUUUUGUCAACAACGAUUUGGUCGAAAAGAUCAUCUUGUCCGUCAUGCCAAGAAAAGUCACCAAAAAGAUACAAGAGCCUCUGCAUCAACAAACAAUGUGGCAGUUUCUUCACCCAAUGUCGGUGCCACAACCUCGCCAAUAAGCCAUCAUCAUCGACGUCUUACUUUUUCUCACAACCCUGUUCACCAUGGCUUACCUGGUUCACAAACACUUAACCAUCACCAUCCAGGACGUAUGAUUGUGAAUGUAAAUGGUAACCUCCACAACAAUAACAAUGGCAGCGGUAAUAGUGCAAGUCUCUCGCCAUGCAAUUAUUCGUCGUCUAAUUUAGGCCCAGUUAUGGAGCAAUCAUCUCCCAUAAUGCUUUUAGGGUCUGGUCCCGGUGGUAAUAUUAAUGGAACCACCGGAGGUAACAAUAAUAAUGUUUCUUCUUCACUCACCAAUUGUUCAACUAAUGGUUCUGUUGGUGUAUGUGCUACGGGUAAUGGAAACGGUAUUAUUAACAACAACCAUCAUGAUCUUUGUUAUCCUACAAAUGCCAAUCAUCAUAACGGAUCAAUGGCCAGUCCAAUAAACGAUGGUCACUUUGGAGGACCUACAACCAUGGGACAUCAUUCAUCUCUUUGUGAGACACCUCUAUUCAACAGUGGCAGUCAUUAUUUUAGUUUAGGAGCUACUCCAACUCCAUUUAUGAAUCCAUCUUAUAUAACUAAUUGUUUCGGCCAUAUAACAGUCAAUCCUAGUAACACUGGAAGCCAAGGGUUAACCAGUGUAUCCACAAUGUGCUCUGGUGAUCAAACAAGUCCAGUGAGCUGUACCAAUGCACUAUCUCAUCUUGAUGUUAAUUUAACUAACCAUUUACAUCAAUUCAGCCAAGUUUUCCAUUGAAAAAAAAAUUGAUCGCCUAUCAACUCUCCCUGUUAAAUUUACCUCAACUUUUAUUAUAUAUUUCUUCACCUCUUUCUACUUUCCCAUAACUUGUCUUCGCUCUAGAUCAUUCAAAGGCAUUCAAAGCUCCACAAAACAACAACCAAAAUUGUGCAAAUGUUACUCCCACUGUGACAAGUUACCUUCUACCUCAUGACUGUUAUAUGGCACUUUUUCUCUAUUCGACAUUAUUACCACGUCUAUGACUGCUGACUCAACAUUCAUCAUUCAAUCAUUUCAAACAACUAUUUACCUUGAAAUAACGCAUUGAGUAGCGCGCCUACUCAUUAAUCGCCACCAAUUUCAACUAUUGAUUUUGAAGCAAGUAAAAAAUCUACCUCAUUUUGACAAAUAUUUCGAGACAUGUGCCAUCUCAAGCAACAAACUAAACAACUACCAUGGUUAUAUCACCUUAAUUGACGCCAUUUUAUUCAAGACUCAACUUCGUUUAAAGCCAAAUUUGAACGAACAAAAAGUUUAAUUCUGGUGAUAACAAACCCAACGAAACAACAAGCAAAGUAUAUCUUACCUUCAAGACCUCAAACUUUACUUGUACCUGUACUUUUAACUACCUCAAAGAAAAAUGUACCUCAAAUUUUUUAUAUCAAGUUCGUCCUUUUCAACCAAAAUGAUUAUCUUCGGGUAUCAAAAUAACUAAACUACCUCAUUAGUUUGCCUUCUUUUUAAUUUCAACUAACGAUUGAACAUCGAAACCAAGAAAUGAGACAACAUGGAAAAGGAAAAAGAAGAGGAAGAUUGGAAAAAGAAAAGACAAAGAAAAUUUUCAUUAUUGCUAAUGGUCAAUAAAUUGGAAAACAAAUGGAUUUAAAAUCAGCUAAUUUUUAUAAUCUUGUACAGCAAUUGUAGAAGAAAUGUUAAAAGCCAACCAAGGAAUCCAGAUUAUAUUGAUUGAUUCAAUUCUUUGUUCGGAACCAGAUCCCACUUUCUCGUUUUUUGAGCAACAAUCGUUACUGAUUUUACACGCUCAUCUAUUUUUUCAAGCGAAAAAAACGUCAAAUUUCUUUCUUUUUUUUCUUAUUUUUGCCAAUAUUAACCCUUUAAUCAACAUGAUUUCACUGUUGAUGAAUCAAAUUUCCCCUCCAUAAUUUUUUUGUUUUUUGUUUAAAUUGUAAGCAAACUUACAAUUGUUCAUGUAAAUCUUUCAAAAACAACCUCUUAAUUACCUCAACAUUUUAAGAUGUAAAGAUUUGUUUCAAAGCAUUUUGAGUGAACCUUUGAUUUUUUUGAUUUUUAAAACUAUUUUAUGCCUUACCUAAUUUUGCUCAACAAAUUGUUAAAAUGACUGAAGAAGUUUAAUAUUAGGCCAAUUAUUUUCCAGAGUAUCCAUUUUAAUUGCUCAAAAUGCUUCAAACAUUUCUAUUUCUCUUUUCUCUUUUUUUUUCUUCUUUUAUCUCAAAUCGUUCUGGUGAUGCUGAACCUCACAGUGAUCCAAUCAGUAAAUCACAAGGAACCUGUAACAAGUCAUACAUUUAUCGACCAUUUCUACCUCAACUAGAAGUGAAUAAUUAAUAUCAAUGGUAAAAUUAAUUGCCAUUAAAGCCAUCAAAAUUGAUACAAGCAAGCCUUAACAACACUCAAAACCAAUAUCACCUCAAGUGCCGUAAAUUGUUUGCUCCAAUUGAAAGAAGAAAAAAGACCAACAAGUCUAAUGGGACACAAACCUUCAAUAAUGUUACAAAGUAAUCAGAAGUUGAUUGAGAAAAAAGGAUGUUCGUAUUUUGUUAAUUUAAUUGUUUUAUUUUAAAUCGUGCAACCAACAAUCCAAAUUGUUUCUCCGUUUUACCCAGCAAUCGAAAAGCCUUUUUUCUCCGUUAAUCUCUGUAAUUAUUUUCACCUUUACUCACCUUUCUUGUUCUUAACUGUUUACCUAAUUUUUUGAUUGUAUGAAAAAUCUUAAAACAAUACAUCUUAAAAAUCAAUUAUAUAUUAUACACACACACACAAACAAACCAGAUAACUCAACAAGACACAACCAUGACUACCUCAAUAUCAACUAAAUUGUAAUUAAGUGUCUAAAUAUGAUUUUUAAAUUAUCUUUGUGUUACCCUCCGAAGUUAUCUUGAAAAGGUCUUUUCUCCUUUUAGUCUUUUAAUCUCAAUGUAUCUUUUCCUUAUCCAUCUACCUCAAAUUUGUCUUAUGCUUGCCAUAAUUUUAUGUUAUGUUCAACUCUGCCAACAGUUAAACCGGUGUAAUGAUUAUUAUUAAUAUUAUUAUUGCUAUUAUAAUUAAAUAUUAUU